AGAUGAUGGAUUUGGACGUGCUUCUAUGAAGAAAUGCCACAUGGUCCGAGAGCAAACAUGUCCAGGCUACUGCCACUUUAGCGGACUAGGGCUCGGUGCCAAGGCUUCCCGGGUAAUCAGGCGUGGUCUGAUCCAGGAUCAAGAAGCACGUUAUCACCAAUGACAUCAUGACAGCAAGAGAGCACAGCCCUCGCCAUGGCGCCAGGGCCCGUGCGGUGCAGCGGGCUUCCACCAUCGACGUGGCGGCCGACAUGCUGGGCCUCUCUCUGGCAGGAAAUAUACAGGACCCAGAUGAGCCCAUUUUAGAAUUUAGCUUAGCUUGCAGUGAGCUGCAUACUCCAUCGCUAGAUCGAAAGCCAAAUAGUUUUGUUGCGGUGAGUGUCACCACCCCUCCUCAGGCAUUCUGGACGAAGCAUGCACAGACGGAGAUCAUUGAGGGAACCAACAAUCCUAUAUUUCUAAGCAGUAUUGCCUUCUUUCAAGACUCUCUUAUCAAUCAGAUGACACAAGUCAAACUCUCCGUGUAUGAUGUCAAAGAUAGAUCUCAGGGAACAAUGUAUUUACUGGGCUCUGGAACGUUCAUUGUCAAAGAUCUGCUGCAGGACAGGCAUCAUAGGUUGCAUUUAACACUAAGGUCUGCAGAGAGUGACCGUGUGGGUAACAUCACCGUGAUUGGCUGGCAGAUGGAGGAGAAGUCAGACCAACGGCCCCCUGUGACCCGGUCUGUGGACACUGUCAAUGGGAGGAUGGUUCUUCCCGUCGAUGAGAGCUUGACGGAGGCAUUAGGAAUCCGAUCCAAAUAUGCUUCGUUGCGAAAGGACACUUUGCUGAAAUCGGUGUUCGGCGGCGCCAUCUGCCGCAUGUACCGGUUUCCAACCACCGAUGGUAACCACCUGCGGAUCCUGGAGCAGAUGGCAGAGAGCGUGCUCUCCCUGCACGUGCCCCGGCAGUUCGUGAAGCUCCUACUAGAGGAAGAUGCAGCCAGAGUGUGUGAGCUGGAGGAGCUGGGAGAGCUGUCCCCUUGCUGGGAGAGCCUCCGGCGUCAAAUUGUCACCCAGUACCAGACCAUCAUCCUCACAUACCAGGAGAACCUGACCGACCUCCAUCAGUACAAAGGGCCCUCGUUUAAAGCAAGCAGUUUGAAAGCAGAUAAAAAGUUAGAAUUUGUUCCCACAAACUUGCACAUACAAAGGAUGAGAGUUCAAGACGAUGGAGGAUCAGAUCAGAACUACGAUAUCGUCACCAUCGGGGCGCCAGCAGCACACUGCCAAGGUUUUAAGUCAGGAGGUCUCCGCAAAAAGCUGCACAAAUUUGAAGAGACCAAGAAACAUUUUGAGGAGUGUUGUACAUCAUCUGGCUGCCAGUCCAUAAUCUACAUACCACAGGACGUCGUCAGAGCCAAGGAGAUCAUCGCCCAGAUCAACACCCUGAAAACCCAAGUCAGCUACUAUGCAGAGCGGCUGUCAAGGGCAGCCAAGGACAGGUCUGCCACUGGCCUUGAGAGGACACUCGCCAUCUUGGCAGACAAGACACGGCAGCUGGUCACGGUCUGCGACUGCAAGCUCCUGGCCAACUCCAUCCAUGGGCUGAACGCCGCGCGGCCUGACUACAUUGCCUCCAAGGCUUCUCCCACUUCGACUGAGGAGGAGCAGGUGAUGCUUAGAAAUGACCAGGACACCCUCAUGGCCCGGUGGACAGGGAGAAACAGCCGAUCUUCCCUGCAGGUGGACUGGCACGAGGAGGAGUGGGAGAAAGUGUGGCUGAACGUGGACAAGAGCCUAGAAUGCAUCAUUCAGCGUGUGGACAAGCUGCUGCAGAGGGAGCGGCUGCACGGCGAGGGCUGUGAGGACGUCUUCCCCUGUGCAGGCAGCUGCACCAGCAAGAAAGAUUGCAGCCCCCCUCCUGAAGAGUCCAGCCCAGGUGAAUGGAGUGAGGCCCUUUACCCGCUGCUGACCACUCUCACCGACUGCGUGGCCAUGAUGAGUGACAAGGCCAAGAAGGCCAUGGUAUUCCUGCUCAUGCAGGACAGCGCGCCCACCAUAGCCACCUACCUGAGCCUGCAGUACCGCCGUGACGUGGUCUUCUGCCAGACGCUGACUGCCCUCAUCUGUGGCUUCAUCAUUAAGCUGAGGAACUGCCUGCAUGACGACGGCUUCCUGCGCCAGCUCUACACCAUCGGGCUGCUGGCCCAGUUCGAGAGCCUGCUGAGCACCUACGGGGAGGAGCUGGCAAUGCUGGAGGACAUGAGCCUUGGGAUCAUGGACUUGAGGAACGUGACCUUCAAAGUCACUCAGGCCACUUCCAGCGCCUCCGCAGACAUGCUGCCCGUCAUCACAGGAAAUCGCGACGGGUUUAACGUGCGGGUCCCUCUGCCGGGUCCACUGUUUGACGCCCUGCCCCGGGAGAUCCAGAGCGGCAUGCUGCUGCGAGUGCAACCUGUCCUCUUCAACGUGGGCAUCAAUGAGCAGCAGACGCUGGCCGAGAGGUUUGGCGAUACGUCUUUACAAGAAGUCAUCAACGUGGAGAGUUUGGUGCGGUUAAAUUCCUACUUUGAGCAGUUUAAGGAAGUUUUGCCUGAGGAUUGCCUGCCUCGGUCUCGCAGUCAGACGUGCCUGCCAGAGCUGCUGCGGUUCCUGGGUCAGAAUGUGCACGCCCGGAAGAAUAAGAACGUGGACAUUCUCUGGCAAGCCGCUGAGAUCUGCCGUCGCCUCAAUGGGGUCCGGUUCACCAGCUGCAAGAGCGCGAAGGACCGUACAGCCAUGUCGGUGACGCUGGAGCAGUGCCUGAUCCUGCAGCACGAGCAUGGCAUGGCCCCGCAGGUCUUCACCCAGGCCCUGGAGUGCAUGCGCAGCAUUGGAACACGGGAGGUAGUCACCCAGAAGAACUUGAGCGGCCUGGUGCCCAUCCGAGACUUAAGGCUAGACCCCAGCCUCCUCUGUUCCAUUCCUUUAUUGGCUCUGAGCCCCAAUUUACUGAUUGUGUGGCUCUUUCUGAGCAUAGCAUACCUGGUGACCAAAUUGCGUUGCAAAUGAGUAUCAUUCUGAAAAAUUAAUAAGUCACAAGAAAAACAAAAGUGCCAGAACAUGUCCAGCCACCGUGUACCUAACUGGACAGAAGGAAUGUGUCAAAGCGUGGUCUGCCAAGAAAUAUUUCAUGCCUUACAUUUUGACGUUUUGUUCUUCUGAACUGUAAAUAUCUGCCAAAUUAUUUCACCAAGAAGACUUGUUUGUUUAGCUCCUGUAGCAUCUUCAGUGCUUGUAACAUGUUCUUACGGUACCCUGUCACUGCACUGUUUAGCUGGCCUGGAAUUCCUUGUACCACGUCUCUACCUUCUGAUGUACAGCUAUCUAUCACCUGUACCUCUCAUGUGCCCUGUUUCCAAGAGAAAGGAGUUCUGUCUGAAGAGAAUUCGUAUAUUUGAUACUAUUCUUUAAGUGUACUGCUAACCCUUCCUUUCCUUUCGAUGACCAACAAAAAGAAAAAGACAGAUGCUUUAUAACCGGCUCAUCUAGAAAAACCUAUCUAAUAGGAAUGUACUUUCUGCUUUCAUUUCAAAGCGUAGUCCCUGAAUUACAGUAGCAAACAGUUUGCAGAGUCCUACCAUUUCCUUGCUUAUGUUUAUUAUUUCCAAUUAAGGAUGACACAAAGCUCUGAAUACAGUAGUACACUGUAGCAAGAGCCAGACA